AUGGAGGGCAUCAACAUCACUCUGUUCGAUCUGGCAUUGGCCUUCAUAAGAGUACACGAUGGCCCACCAUCACUGGAUCAACACACUCACUUCUUGAUCAAUCCAGGCUUCUUGAGAAUGGUUCAAUGCAAGGAUGAUGCUGUACGUCAACAACAACUACUCACAGCCUAUUUCAUAUUGUUAUCAUCACACAUUAAUAGCAAGGAGUACUUUGACAACAUAACAUAUGCAUUUGGACAUGAUGCAGUUGAGAAUGAGCUUGCACAAUCCUUCAUCAAAUUUCCGAGUGUCGACCUCGUUGGACGAACCAUCGAUCAUUCUCAACAGUUGAAGUACCUCCAGAAGGUUCCAAACAUCGCCACAUCACUUCUAAUCAAUCACAAACAACUUGUUAUCAAGUUCAUUCAAGGAUGUGAAGAGAGGUACCUCACCACUGGAUUAUCAACAAUUUAUGCAAUGGCACUCGAUGAUCCAACAAAGCAACAGGCUAACCAAAACUUGGUAUUUCAAAUGUUUGAGAAGGUAGAGGUGAAGUGGAAGAAGAAUCAGUUCAACUAUAACGAUGACAAGGAUUUUAUAUCUUUACUACCACUUCUUCGACUUGUUGAACCAUCCGAUCGCCUUCUCGGACUCCUCAGCAGACUACCACCACACAUCACGUGCCAAGCAAUCACUCAUCUUGGUCCAUCAUUCCAGAAUUUACAAUUUUAUAAAGAUCAUUUGGAAUCAAUAGUACUGAAGGAGGUCAAGACACCAAAUACAUUGUGUUACUUGGGAGGUGUUGCCAAACUGUUUGGAUCACUUGGCGAGUCGUUGCCACUGGAUUGCUUGGCAUGGUCAAGGGCAUGGGUGGAAGACUAUCAAAUGAACAGCGUGACUACUACAUCGAUUUGGCAAUACAUGCUUUGA